CCAAGGAUAAUGUCAGCAGACAGAACUAUGAAAUGACUAUCCAGGCUACUCCAGACUCUCUGGAUGAUUGUGGGCUUCGAUACUUCCUGGCGGUGCGUCACCACACAUACCUCCUGCGGUGCCUGCCGUUGGCACAGCGGGCGCAGCUGCAGCGUCAAGGCCUGGGACCUCACUUCCUGGUCUGGGCUUUCCACUCGGAGACCCAAGAGGAGCUUGCACAGCUCAUCCCCGCCCUACAGAAGCCCACUCUUCGUUGGUCCGAGCUUAGGGAGCUUGGCAUCGGCUGGUGGGUCCGCUCCAACCAGCUGCUAAGACGCAUCAUUGAAAAACUGGCCAAAAGUUCCUUCCAGGCUAAGCAGAACCCCUUGGAUGCUGCUCUUUAUUAUAUGGCAAUGAAGAAGAAAACAGUCUUGGCUGCGCUGUUCAGGAGUGUGAAUGACAAGCGGAUGUCUGACUUCUUCCAAAAUGACUUUUCUCAAGACCGUUGGAGAAAAGCGGCACUCAAGAAUGCCUAUGUGCUGCUUGGGAAACAGCAGUUUGAGUACGCUGCAGCUUUCUUCCUCUUGGCCAAUGCUGUGAAGGACGCUGUGCAGGUUUGCCUGAGCAAGCUGGAGGACCUGCAGCUGGCCAUGGUGGUGGUUCGCCUCUACGAGGGCGACCUCGACUCUGUUCCUGAGCACCUACGGCGGCUGCUUGAUGCCGAGGUUUUGGGUCAGCCUGAGGGUGCGGAAGGUCCAUCCAUGGAGCUGGCCCACCCAGAUCCAUUCCUGCGCUCUAUGGCACUGUGGCUGCUGCAGCGCUACGAGGAAUCACUCACCACACUGCUUCAGACACGUGUAGGGCAGGAGCACCACAGGAUACACCAGGAGACGCAACAUCUGUCUAGUAGUGCAGCUGGGCAGGCUGCAAAUGCUAGUGACAAAGCUUCUGUCUCAGGUCCUCCUGCAGCUGAUGACACUGCUGACCCCGGAGUAUUCAACUUCUACCUCUACUGCGCACACACCCACUGGUGGUGCGACGCAACCUAGCCAAGUCCAUGAGCAUGCGCCGCAAGCAUGGCCGUGCAGUGCUGCUGUCGGGCUUCAAGCCUGGCAGCACAGUGUCCAAGACACUGACACCAGGGGGUACAACCAGCAGCGACAC